GCCCAAGAAUACGACCUGUUAGCAGUGUGCACGUCUGUACGAAAAUAAAUCGUAAAUCAUUACAUUUGUUCGCUAAUAAUGGGAUAUUGCAGCAUAAAAUGGUGUGGCAAGUCAUCUAAGACUUCCAAAUUCUUAACAGAUGGAAUAACAUUCCACAGAUUUCCAAAAAAUCCUGAAAUUAAAGCAAAAUGGAUUGACGCCACGCACCGUGGACAGUUAUGGUACCCGUGUAAUACGAGUGUCAUUUGCUCAAGGCACUUCACAGCAGAUAAUUUCCACCAAGUAACGAGUCAGCGGAGACGAUUAUUGAGUUCCGCAGUACCAACUCUAUAUUUACCAGUUUUGAUAGAGGAUAUAACUCAGCAACAUAACAACUCAGCAGUAGCAGUUCAAAUACCGCAAAGCAUUGACUGUGAUGUCCAUGAUGAAGGCACAUUAAAAAAAGAGGAUGGCUCUACUCUGCAGAGUUCAGUGUUAACAACAUCUCAAGAGCAGAAUACUGUGUCACAAACACCUACCACGAAGCGAGAACUAUCCAGAGUCCGGGACCCUGAAUCACCAUCUGCUUAUAAUUCUCCUGUCGAAAAACGACUUUCUCGAAGAAUCAUGGAACUUAAGUGCAAAGUAAAUGAAAAAAAUGUUAAAUUGCGAAAGUUGCGUGAUGCAAACAGGAGAUUAAAACGAGAGAUCGUUUCACUGAAAUCUCUUUUAGAAGAUUUACAAUAGAUAUAUCAUUUCACUGAAAUCUCUUUUAGGAGAAAAGAAAAAUUUGAACAAAAAAUUACCUUUGCUCUGGUAGUUGAGAGUUAAUUAAAUAUCGCUGGAAGUCGCCAGCAACAUGCUGAGGCGAGAACAUUUCGUGUCACUUUCUCCUUUUUUUAUGUGUCUCUGCUUGUAUAAUUUUCUUUAUUUUUGUGUAUGUACUCACGAAUAAAAAUAUAUUCGUUCAUAAUCGUUCUGUAGCACCUUAAAACCUAAGUUUCGUUUAAUUUUGUACUAUGACGUUAUCUAUGAAAAGGGACCUAAUUGUCGGCGGUUACGCCAUUAUUAACGAUGCUCCGAUAUAAAUACAAUGCCGCGCGACGCUGUGCGGCGUAAGCGCCAUCGACAAUAAGAUCCCUUUUCAUUGAUAAUGCCCCAUAUCAAAAUACAUGCAGUAGAA